AUGAUCCCCAAAGAGCAGAAGGAACAUAUGAGUGCCAUGGGGGACCUCUCUGGACCAGUCCCUUCCUUGGACUUGGGCAAGAAGCUGAGUGUGCCCCAGGACCUGAUGAUGGAGGAGCUGUCGCUGCGCAACAACCGGGGCUCCCUCCUCUUCCAGAAGAGGCAACGCCGUGUGCAGAGGUUCAUCUUUGAGCUUACAGCCAGCCAACGGGCCAUCCUGGCUGGAAGCGCCAAGGAGAAGGUGUUCAGAACAGGGGAGCCAGGGACGAUGAGCACAGACGAAGGCCCUGAGGGAGGGGGAGAGAACUACCGUUCGGAGCUCCACAUCUUCCCAGCCACGUCCGGGCCCCCCCAGGAUGCCCGCCCCGCAACCGCCUCAGCGGAGCGCCCCCGCACCCCCAGCGCCCUGGCACCCGGCUAUUCAGAGCCCCUGAAGAGUGUCCCGCCCGAGAAGUUCAACCACACAGCCAUCCCCAAGGCUUACCGAUGCCCCUGGGAGGAGUUCGUCAGCUACCGAGAUUACCAAGGGGAUGGGCGAAGUUACAUCCCCAGCGCCUCUGAGUACCGCAAUUUUAACAAGAUCCCGGUGCCAUUUGGAGGACCCCUUGUUGGGGACACUGUUCCCAAGGCAGCCAUGCCCUUUGUCCCAGAGCUCACCACUGGCUUGGAACUCCUCCGCCGCAGACCCAGUUUCAACAGAGUGGCCCAGGGCUGGGUCCGCCACCUCCCAGAAUCCGAGGACCUGUAG